AAAUACCCUUGCAACAAAACUGAAUCUCUUCUAUAACCCCAGUCGGCCAUUAAACCAACUGCUCUCUUCAUUUCACUCUCUUCAGUCUCGGUUUCUCCUCUUGCUCUCAUCAAAAAGGCUUAAAACCAGGUUGACAGAGAGAAAUAAUGGCAUUAACAAAGAGAUACAUACUUCGACUAUUCAUGUCACUGAAAUACAUAUCAGCAAAUGUGAUUGAUAGAAAACGAGGACAGAUUGUAGUAUCAGCAUCUACAGCUGAGAAGUCUAUGAAACAAGCAAUGGAAUCUUCUUGCAAUGUGAAAGCUGCUGAGGCUGUUGGUGAAGUUCUUGCUAUGAGGCUCAAAGUGGGAGGACUUGAUCAAGGUGGUGAAGGUAAUGGAAUUCAUGUUAAUGUUAAUAAGGAAAUUGAGAAAAAGGGUUUUAAGAAUCGUACUAAGAUUUUGGCUCUGGUUGAUGCUAUUAAGAAUCAUGGUGUUAAGCUUGUUCUUGAUGAUGAUUGUAAAGAUGAUGGUGAUACCUCUAGUCCUUGAGGCUUCAGCAGUUUUAGGGGGUUUUGCUGUUUUUAUUUGUAGUUUAGAGAUGGAUUUUAAGGCUUGAAUAAAGCAUAUGUUCAUGUUGCAUAAAAUUGUGCGUCUGUCAGUCUGUUAAACCCUUGGCAGAACAAGAAAUGA